UGCGUCAUGUUUUUGCAGGAAACAUCAAGAAGGUGGGGACGGGGACUUGAAGGCGCAGUUUACACUUUGCAGUCCACUGCCACUGCUUUAGUAAGAUGGCCACCAUGUUGUCCCGGACUAUCUCACUCGUUGAAAAUUUCACCCGAUUCAGCGGAUCAAAGAUAUUGGGAUGCAAAACCAACUUAGUAAAGCAACCAGUUAGGAAUUUAAAUGUCCAUGAACACAUCAGUUAUAGUUUAUUAAAUGAAGCCGGAGUUCCAACUCCUAAGUUUGGAGUUGCUAAAACUCCAGAUGAGGCUGCCAAACUUGCUGCGGACUUGAAAACCAAAGAUAUUGUUUUGAAAGCCCAAGUCUUAGCUGGUGGCAGAGGAAAAGGGCAUUUUAAGGGAACUAACGUUAGUGGUGUAAAGAUGUGUGAAACACCAGAAGAAGCAAAGAAAUUAGCCAGUCAAAUGUUAGGUAAAUUGUUAAUUACAAAACAGACAGGUGAAGCAGGUAGAAUAUGCAAUGCCGUAAUGGUUACACAACGCAUGUUUCCUCGUAAAGAAUAUUACCUUGCAGUCAUGAUGGAAAGAGCCUUUGGUGGUCCAGUCAUAAUUGCUUCGAGUCAAGGUGGUGUAAAUAUUGAGGAAGUUGCUGCAACGAAUCCUAGUGCUAUCAUGUAUGAACCCAUUGAUAUUUAUAAGGGUAUAACAAAAGAUCAAGCAGAACGUAUUGCUGUUAAGCUUGGACUUCAAAAUGUUAAAGAUUAUAUUUCUAACAUCAUCAUAAAUUUGUAUCAGAUGUUCCUUAAAAAAGAUGCCCUUUUAUUAGAAGUGAAUCCCUUAGCAGAAGAUGUUAAUGGAGAAUACUUUGCUUUGGAUUGCAAGUGCAGAUUCGAUGAUAAUGCUGAAUUUAGACAAAAGGAAUUGUUUUCCUUGAGAGAUUGGACUCAAGAAGAUUCUAAGGAAGUUGAAGCUGCUAAAUAUGAUUUAAAUUACAUUGCACUUGAUGGUAACAUUGGUUGUAUGGUAAAUGGCGCUGGUUUAGCCAUGGCUACUAUGGAUAUCAUAAAAUUGCAUGGAGGAGAACCAGCCAAUUUCUUAGAUGUAGGCGGUGGUGCAUCUACAAGUGCCGUGAAAGAAGCAUUUAAGAUAAUUACAUCUGAUUCACGAGUUCACGCUCUUUUAGUUAACAUAUUUGGUGGAAUUAUGAGAUGUGAUGUUAUUGCCGAGGGAAUCAUUGCUGCAACUAAAGAACUUAGCUUAAAAAUCCCUGUUGUUGUUCGAUUACAGGGAACAAAUGUAGACGAAGCAAAAGCUCUUAUCGCAAAUGCAGGUUUAAAAAUUGUACCGAUUGAUGAUCUUGAUGAAGCUGCCCGAGUCGCGGUUAAAUUAUCAACGAUUGUUAAAUUGGCACAAUCUGAAAAUCUUAGCGUUAAUUUCGAAAUACCUUCAAUUUCAUAAAUUUAGUUAAAAUUAUCAGAAAAACUUCGAAGAUAAAUAUUUGACACAACAUUUGAAAGUAAUAAUUAGAUUAAUAAUUUGAAAUUUCGUAUUCGUACUAUUUUUCAUAUUUCAUAUUUUUCAUAUUACUUUAUGUGUUUCUAUUGCAAGUGGAUUGGAAAGUAAAUUUGUUGAAAUUUUUGUUUUGUUCGAUGUUCAGAACAUCUGUAUUCUAUAUAUUUAUAAUUUUAUUUUCUAUAAAAAGAAGGAAAAAACUGAACACAUUUAAUUACAAUCUUGUACAGUUGAAAUGUAAAAAGUAGUAGACAAUUGAUGUUACUUCCUUCUUAAUGCAAGCACAAAUUCAUUCCCAAGAAGUACAUAAACUUCUUCAAGAAUGUAAUUUAUUGCUUACCCAUUUAAUGGGUUCCUGUGAUUCAGUAUUAAAAUUAAGUUACAUGAUAUGCACUGAUGUAGUCACAUUUUGUACACGAAAGUGUACUCUACAUUUUUUCAAAGCUUAUAUAUGUGCUAACAAAAAAGUACAUGAUUACUGUCCAAGAAACGAAACCUUUUAUAUAACCAUCCACAAAAAAAAUUGUUAUAACUGAGAUAUUAUACGAGAGAUGACUGUAAUGUCUCAUUU